AUGGUGCCAUCUGAAAAGCCGGGCUUUCAAGUAAGCCUUGUUCCCGCGACAGAGGACGGGGCUCGUACUAUCUGGGAUAUUGAGAUGGCUGCGCAGAAUGACAGUAAUAAGAAAAACAACAGCGCGAUUGGAGCUUUACUCUGGCCAGCCCAUCUCCAGCCUAAGGUUGAGGCCCCCAAGAAAGCAUCGGAUGGAGAAGACGACGAGAUCCGCCGGAUGAUCCCAAUGCUUAAAGAUUCUAAGAACACCUACCUACUGGUAGUAGAAGAAGCCAGUGGUCAGGCUGUGGCAUUUGCGUGGUGGAAUCACUCUAAGGGCCAGACAGCAGCCGAGUGGGCUGAGGGGUAUAAGAAUCGAUAUCGCCCGCCGACCAUGAAUGGUGCUCUGAUGGAUGCGACGGGAGGAGAACGUUAUCUGAAGCGAGCGAAGCUGCUUGCGGAGAAGGAGUUUAUGCAGCUGAAGGAAUUAUAUGUUCUGCCAAAUUAUCAGCGCCAAGGGCUCGGAAGUAUGCUCGUGGAAUUUGGUGUUCAUAAGGCAGACGAACUUAGCCUACCUGCUUACACGGAGGCAUCCCCAGAAGGAUUAGGAUUGUAUCUCAAGCACGGAUUCCAAGAAGUUGAUCGAGUGACAGUUGACUUAGAGCAAUGGGGUGGCCCAGAGGGGGAUUUCAAUUCCUAUGGUCUAUUAUAUCGUGAGGCCGGCAUGCCAGUGUCUGUUUAG